ACGUUUUUGCUAUCAUUAAUCACGAUUCUGUUGCUGGUGGCACUUAUGGUAGUAUCAACGUUGUGUAUCUCAACAAUAAUGACUAUAAAAAUAAUGUCACCGUUACAUUACAAGGAUGUACCCCACUUUGCUUUAUCUCCGUCAAAAUAAAUUUUGAUCAAACUAAAAUAUACAAUGAUCCAGAUAACAUCCCUAAUUAUUACUGCUUACUUUCUGAUUAUACUUUUAAUCUUACCGUGGACAUGCAAGUUCAAUACACCGGAAUCAGUCCCAACAGCAAGCACCCCGCCCCUCCGUCAGUAACUUACGAAUAUUGCUUGAAAGGAAUAAAUAUAGAGACCGGUGCCCCACUGGAUCCUAAACCGGAUCCUGGAAUUGCAUCAUGCAUCAAUCAUCUGCUGGAGCAAACUGCACCGGCCUUUUAUCCUGGCCCUUUCGGAAACUAUUUGAACAUCGAAGCAAGACGAUAUCUCGAAUAUCCGGUUAAUAAUUCAAGUCCUAGUAUAGCAAGACUGGUUUUCGCCUCUAAGAAUUAUUUGACGUAUUUAUCCAUUUUCUACGAUGGAAUUAAAUAUUCCUUCGAAGAAUUGAAUCGUAUAUUACCUAAUAUGGUAGAUGAUUUAACUCCUCAUGCCGAAACUGGUCCCAAUAUCCUGCUCAUUAAUUUGUUAUUGGUCUUUUCAACUGUUAUUGGUGCCAUUAACUUCUCACCAUUUAUGUUACCUCUCGGCACUAUCGCUGGAGAAGAAUUUGGUUUUUUUAUGCAAAGAAUUCUUUCAGGUAUUCUCAGUACUGGAGCAACCAAUCUCGGAUUCAGAGGGAAUCCGGAAGCUCCUGUUAGGAAUUUAGGUGACCUUCAGAAUCAAGCAGAAACUAACAUGUUAAAGUCAUUACAAUCCAUGGUAGAUGAUACUUUUAAUAAUGGAGUCAAUUAUACAUUAAUUGACAAAUACAUUGACUUUAACGACACUCUAUAUAGUGAUGUAGAUGUCGGUAACUCGCUUUUACCCGGACUAAAAGCAGCGUUUGCAAGUCAUAUUCUUAACUUCUACGACGUUGUAGUAUGUAAACCUGAUAACGUCCAAUCAAUUUGUGGACCUGGAAGUUACUACUGCUGUAGGUGGGCAAAAGUAUUAUGUGUUAUACGAUUUGAAUGUAAUGAUCCGGUUGGUCCCCCAUCAAUUGCAGAAUUCAAGGGGGAUUCAAAAACGGUGGAAGUGGUGUUCAUAACAAUCUCAUAA